AUGCCAACCCCUAACAUCUCCACCUCUGCAGCCAAAGGCUUCCGCAGGGCCGUGUCUGAGUUGGACUCCAAGCAAGCUGAGGCCAUCAUGUCUCCACGGUUUAUUGGUAGACGUCAAAGCCUCAUUGAAGAUGCCAGGAAGGAAAGAGAGGCUGCAGCUGCAGCUACUGAUGCUGCGGAGUCCACAGAAACCAUUGUCUUUGAGGAGAAGGAUGGGAGAGCCAUGCUGAAUCUUUUCUUCCUGCUAAAGGGAGCCAAGACUUCACCACUGUCCCGUGCACUCAAGGUAUUUGAGACUUUUGAAGCUAAAAUUCACCAUCUGGAGACCAGGCUGAGCCGAAAACCCCGUGAAGGGACCAAUGAAUUGGAAUAUUUUGUGCGGUGUGAAGUCCACAGCUCUGACCUCAAUACUUUCAUUAGUUCCAUCAAGAGGGUAACAGAAGAAGUGAGGACCACUAAAGAAGACAAAUUCCACUGGUUUCCCAGAAAAAUCUGUGAAUUGGACAAGUGUCACCACCUGGUCACUAAGUUUGACCCUGACUUGGAUUUGGAUCAUCCGGGAUACUCUGACCAAGUAUACCGCCAGAGGAGGAAAACGAUAGCAGAAAUUGCUUUUCACUAUAAGCAUGGGGACCCAAUCCCUCAUGUAGAGUACACAGCGGAAGAGAUCUCUACCUGGAAAGAGGUAUACAGCACGCUGAAGAGCCUGUACCCAACCCAUGCCUGCAAGGAGUACCUAGAAGCUUUUAAUCUACUGGAGAAAUUCUGUGGCUACAGUGAGAACAACAUCCCUCAGCUGGAGGAGGUCUCCCGCUUCCUGAAAGAGAGAACUGGCUUCCAGCUCCGGCCCGUGGCUGGCCUGCUGUCUGCUCGGGACUUCCUUGCCAGCCUGGCCUUCCGGGUGUUUCAGUGUACACAGUACAUCCGCCACUCAUCCUCGCCCAUGCACUCCCCAGAGCCGGACUGCUGCCAUGAGCUCCUGGGGCACGUACCAAUGCUGGCUGACAGGACAUUUGCACAGUUCUCUCAGGACAUUGGGCUUGCAUCUCUGGGAGCAACUGAUGAAGAAAUUGAGAAGCUUGCAACACUUUACUGGUUUACAGUGGAGUUUGGGCUCUGCAAACAGAACGGGGUAGUGAAAGCCUACGGAGCUGGGCUCCUGUCUUCCUAUGGGGAACUUAUACACUCCUUGUCAGAUGAACCAGAGGUGCGGGACUUUGACCCAGAUGCUGCUGCUGUCCAGCCCUAUCAAGAUCAGAACUACCAACCUGUGUAUUUUGUGUCUGAGAGUUUCAGCGAUGCCAAAAGUAAACUCAGGAGCUACGCUGCCCACAUCAAGCGGCCCUUCUCGGUGAAAUACGAGCCGUACACCCACAGCAUCGAGCUCCUGAACAGCCCGCAGACUAUCUGCCACUCUCUGGAGAGCGUAAGGGAUGAGCUGCACUCACUUAUUGAUGCACUGAAUGUUAUCAGUUAA